AUGACGCCAAGUGAGGACAUUUACAUCCUCUCCAGCUCGCCUUGGCUCAGCACGCCUGAGUGCAAUGUGACUGGUCUCCGAGACCUCCGAGAGAAAAAGAGAAAACUAGACAAAGCCACAGGGGGCCGUUCCGCCACAACAGCACGCAUUUCUCGCCCUCGCAAGCCAAUGCCCCUCCAUAUCUUGCUCGAGAGCCCCCAUAGGUCGGUUCGGCUCAUGGACACGGUCAUCUGGGCUAUCCGUUUCCUAGUCCUGGACGGCGCUAACGGAGGCAACAACUAUCGCGAACAGGGCAACCAAGGGUCAGAAGUGCAGCUGGGCCCGGCAGCUAUGUCAAUGAGGAUCUGUUUCCCAAGUUCCUUGCAGUUGAACUCAGUCAGCUUAGUUCGUAGGCCAGACAAGUACGCGGAUGCCAAACAGCGGGUCAAUCCGGGCUAUUAUCCGGAGGGUGGCUGCCGCAACGGGUCCUCUGUGCCGCCACUACAACGAUGUUGGCCAGAUGGUGCCCUCGUAGUGGAGGUGGCGGGUGACGGCAUCCGCAUUGACCCGUCCUCAGACAAGUCCGUCCCCACCAACACCAUAUUCUAUCUUCAAAAUGUCACCCUCCUGUGCGAACACUCCGUGAGUAUGACGUGCCUCACAGAGCAGCAGGUCGAGCCCCUGGUCUGCUAUCAGGAAACGAAGCGCCAGUUUGAGAAUGACACCACGUCUUUCUUAGACGAUUACCGACCAGAUCUGCAGCAGCCUGAUAACAGCAGAGGCCGCCGGCGCCAUCGUGCAGUGGUGGUGGGGGCUGCAGUUGCAGCAUUCCAUGGGAUAGGCCUUCAAGUACACUUCACAAGCCGUCUUAUGGUGGCGGACCAGUCCGUCUUCAGUGCCGCAACAGACGAUGACAACCACCUGCACUGGCACAGUACCACACUGUACCGCCGGUUGUACACCUGCGGUGUUGUACAUGAAUGCGGGAGAGCUCUCAAGGCCAUGACCACCCAGCACCACCCAGGCUACAGGACCAGUGGCCCACCCGAAUUGUCAGCUGGAUCAAGGGGCGAUUACAGCAAUCUUCCCCUGUGCAACAUACAGAACGGGCGGCCACACAGUACAUUACUGUGGCGGACUACAACGUCGUCUUCGGGACAAUCCCUGAUAGCCCCUGCAUUCGGUUCGACCACAUUCUCGAGUGGCAAGCAUGUGGUAACCCAAAAUGCCUCCCCCAGCCCCCUUCAUGGCCAACCUCUUCCUCACCUGGGUCAAGUUUCACUUGCUGCGGCAGUACUACAAACCCCUGACCAAGAAGCCACAAUGAUCUCUGCUCGGGCGAUCCUCACCCGUUUCUGCGUCAGAAGCCUCUUCCUUGACAACCUGGCCUUGCUCGACAGCCCCUAUUACCUUGCAGCCUUCCUCCACCAAAACUACGUCCACCCUCACACCGGACAGAAGGGCAUAAAUCCAGCAGAGCUCGGCACCCCGAACGCACAUUCAGCCGGUUCACCACACAGCUGUGCGACAAGCGGGUGCAGCCAGCUUUCACACACGGUUGCCUGUCCAGCGAUCGUACCGGCAUCCUCAAACGUCAACGAGGCCGCAAAACGAUACAUUAUCGCCAGCCAGUUUCAACCGCUACGGGGUGUCAUCCUGGAUAUGGACAACUUUGUCUACGAGGUGGCGCGGCUGAUCCUGCCUUAUACUCUCCGAUCAGAACUACCCGUUGCAUCGGCUUCUGUGGACUAG